UUAGGCUCCUACCAAAAGCAAGUUGGAUGAUGAUUCACCAUAUAUGUACAUGCACUUCUAUAUAAGGGCCGUUGUGAAGGGAUCUUAUUUCGUGUGUCUUAUUAUUAGCUAGCUAGAGUCAUAUAGAAUCAAUUGUUGGGGGAAUAUAUUGAAGAUGGCUCUAACUGGCAAGAUGGUGAGUGAAGUAGAGAUUAAUUCUACUAAUAGUGAUGAUAUCUUCCAUAUAGUUGCAGGUACAAAAGCACAGCACGCACCAAACUUGAGCCCUGAAAAAGUACACAAAGUGGAAAUACACCAAGGAGACUGGGGGGAUCAUGGAUCCAUUAAGGUCUGGACCUAUGUUACAGAGGGGCAGGUGGAGACAUACAAGGAGAAAGUGAGCAUAGAUGAGGAAACCAAGACAGUUCAUAUGACAGCAUUGGAGGGACAUUGCUUGGAACUCUACAAAAGUUACAACAUUAUUUUCGAGUUCAUUCACAAAGGAGAAACCAACGCUGUCAAAAUCACUAUCGAGUACGAGAAGAAGAACGAGCAUGUCCCCCCUCCACAGAAGUACAUGGAUUUCCUCAUCAGUUUGAUCAAAGAUCUUGAUGCUAAUCUUGUUAAGGAGUAAAGCAUAUAUAUAGUUGAUAAAUAGAUGGGUUGUGUGGUUGCAUCGAUCGCAACUUAUAUAUAUGAAUAAUUGUUGUUGUAUUUUAAUUUUAAGUGAGAGCUUCAACUACUGUGUUUGAGGUUCCUACCACUACUUGGAUACAGGGGUAGGCUAAAUAAUGAUUGCAACUUUGAUCCUUUGGGUUUGGAAUAAGAGCUUCAAAGCUCGAGAGUUGGGUUGCUACAUAUGUAAGUAGCAUAAAAUUAUUGACGUACGGUUGAGUUAAA